GCAUUAAUCAGCAUAUGUUAGUUGACACAAGCAGGGAGGAGGGAUUUUGCCUGAAACAGAAUGGGUCCAUCCCUUAUUUGUAAUCAUAUGACGAAUGCGACCGGCAGUAACGAUGGAUAGAACAGCAGCCCUGUGCAUCUGUUGUCAAGCCAGCUUGCACACUGGUACAGCAAGAUCCUGGAGAUUCCAGUGCAAAGCUCUGAGUCUCGCCUGGAUUGCCUGAAGGUUGUUUGUUUAAUAUUGGACUCGCAGUAGUAGAUAGUCACGAGAAAUAGAAGGCUGCUGUUCUCUUCUUAGUGAGAAAUUCAAAACUUAAGAUGCCUGCAGGGAACCUGAAAAAUACCAGGAUCAAAGGGGUCUUUCGGAAACCAGCAAAGAUGAAUAUGGUGAAAAGGAUAAUGGGUCGACCCCGGCAGGAGGAAUGUAGUCCUCAAGAUAAUGCUCUAGGAUUGAUGCACCUGCGUCGGCUCUUUACGGAAUUAUGUCAUCCUCCUCGGCACAUGACUCAGAAAGAACAAGAAGAGAAGCUUUACAUGAUGCUACCGGUUUUUAAUAGGGUAUUUGGAAAUGCUCCUCCAAGUACAAUGAUAGAAAAAUUCUCAGAUCUCCUUCAGUUUACAACACAAGUGUCACGAUUAAUGGUGACUGAAAUUCGUCGGAGAGCCUCUAACAAGUCUACAGAGGCUGCAAGUCGUGCCAUAGUCCAGUUCCUGGAGAUCAAUCAAAGCGAAGAAGCCAGUAGAGGUUGGAUGUUGCUUACCACAAUUAACUUGCUAGCUUCAUCUGGACAGAAAACAGUGGACUGCAUGACAACUAUGUCAGUGCCUUCCACGCUUGUGAAAUGUCUCUAUCUGUUUUUUGACCUUCCACAUGUGCCUGAGGUGGCUGGAGGAGCCCAGAACGAGUUGCCUCUAGCAGAGCGUAGAGCGGUAUUGCAGAAAGUCUUUGUACAGAUCUUAGUGAAACUGUGCAGCUUUGUAUCCCCGGCAGAAGAGCUUGCCCAGAAGGAUGAUCUCCAGCUUCUAUUCAGUGCAAUAACCUCGUGGUGCCCUCCCUAUAACCUGCCUUGGAGGAAGAGUGCAGGGGAAGUUCUAAUGACCAUAUCACGUCAUGGCCUUAGUGUCAAUGUAGUGAAAUACAUUCACGAAAAAGAAUGCCUGUCAACAUGUGUUCAGAACAUGCAGCAAUCGGAUGACCUUUCUCCCUUAGAAAUAGUCGAGAUGUUUGCUGGCCUUUCUUGCUUCCUCAAAGAUUCCAGCGAUGUGUCUCAAACACUGUUAGAUGAUUUUAGGAUAUGGCAAGGAUACAGCUUCCUCUCUGAUCUCUUACUCAGGUUAGAACAAGCAAAAGAGGCAGAAUCUAAGGAUGCUUUGAAGGACUUGGUUAAUCUGAUAACCUCGUUAACAACCUAUGGUGUCAAUGAAUUAAAGCCAGCAGGUGUUACUACAGGGGCACCUUUUCUGUUGCCUGGAUUUGCAGUCCCCCAACCUGCAGGCAAAGGUCACAACGUGAGGAAUAUCCAGGCUUUCUCUGUCCUACAGAAUGCUUUUCUGAAAGCAAAGACCAGCUACCUUGCACAAAUUAUUCUUGAUGCCAUCUUAAAUAUAUACAUUGCAGACAAUGCCAACUAUUUCAUCCUGGAAUCUCAGCACACUUUGUCCCAGUUUGCAGAGAAGAUUUCCAAACUUCCAGAAGUACAGGCCAAAUACUUUGAGAUGCUUGAAUUUGUUGUCUUUAGCUUGAAUUACAUACCUUGCAAAGAACUGAUUAGCGUCAGCAUCCUCUUAAAAUCCUGCACCUCUUACCCAUGUAGCAUCAUUGCAAUGAAAACCCUACUUAAAUUCACACGGCAUGACUACAUCUUUAAGGACGUAUUCAGGGAGGUGGGACUUCUGGAAGUGAUGGUGAACCUUUUACAUAAGUAUGCAGCUCUUUUGAAAGAUCCUACACAGGCUCUGAAUGAUCAAGGGGACUCAAGAAACAACAGCUCAUUUGAAGACCAAAAGCAACUUGCUUUGCUGGUUAUGGAGACCUUGACAGUACUGCUCCAAGGAUCAAACACAAAUGCAGGCAUCUUCAGGGAGUUUGGUGGAGCAAGAUGUGUACAUAAUAUAGUGAAAUAUCCACAAUGCAGGCAACAAGCCCUUAUGAUAAUCCAGCAGUUGGUGUUAUCACCAAGUGGUGAUGAUGACAUGGGGACUCUCUUAGGAUUGAUGCACUCUGCUCCACCUACAGAAUUGCAGCUAAAGACUGAUAUAUUACGGGCCCUGCUGUCUGUGCUGAAAGAGAGUCAUCGCACGAGGACAGUGUUCAGAAAAGUUGGCGGAUUUGUGUAUGUCACAUCGUUACUUGUUGCCAUGGAAAGAUCCUUGUGUUCUCCACCGAAGAAUGGCUGGGAGAAAGUGAACCAGAACCAAGUGUUUGAGCUGCUCCACACAGUGCUCUGCACCUUGACCGCAGCAAUGCGUUACGAGCCAGCCAACUCACACUUCUUCAGAACAGAGAUCCAGUACGAAAAGCUGGCUGAUGCUGUGAGGCUGCUUGGCUGCUUCUCAGACUCCAGGAAAAUAAGCCCUUUGAACAUCUUCCCCUCGAAUACCCAGCCGUUUCAAAGACUGUUGGAAGAUGACCUCAUCUCCAUGGAUUCUGUGUCACCCACUUUAAGGCACUGCAGCAAACUCUUUAUUUACCUCUACAAAGUAACUACAGACUCUUUUGACAGUCGUGCUGAACAGAUCCCUCCUUGCCUGACAAAUGAGUCUUCUCUCCCCUCUCCUUGGGGCACACCAGCUUUGUCCAGGAAAAGGCAUGCGUAUCAUACUACUUCAACGCCACCAGUUUUCCCUUCCAAAACCCCUGCUGAUUUGAAGCUGAACAAAGGAACUGGGCCGCCUCUGCAAAGCUUGGAUGCUGUCAUCAUCCAUCCUGGAGCUAUGCUUUCCAUGUUGGACCUCUUAGUCUCUGUUGGGUCAACUACGCAGCCGGAACAUGCUCUAGAUCUUCAGCUUGCCGUGGCCAACAUCUUGCAAUCUCUAGUGCAUACAGAAAGAAAUCAGCAGGUCAUGUGUGAAGCUGGGCUCCACGCACGUCUUCUGCAGAGAUGCAGUGCUGCUCUUGCUGAUGAGGACCACUCUUUGCAUCCCCCACUCCAGAGGAUGUUUGAAAGGCUGGCCUCUCAGGCAUUGGAACCAGUGGUGCUGAGGGAAUUUUUACGUUUGGGAACUCCUCUGAAUUGUGGAGCCUGGGACAAAAAACUGUUGAAGCGAUAUCGUGUACAUAAGCCGAGCUCACUCAGUUAUGAGCCAGAGAUGAGAAAUAGCAUGAUUAUAUCAAUGGAAGGUCUGGGUACUGACUGUGUGUUCAGCUUACAUGAAGAUAAUCACUACAGGAUAAGCAAGAGCCUUUUAAAACCAGCAGAAGGAAGCACAGUGCCCCUGACGAGGGUGAAAUGUUUGGUUUCCAUGACAACCCCACACGAUAUUAGACUUCAUGGAUCAUCAGUUACUCCUGCCUUUAUUGAAUUUGACACAUCUCUUGAAGGGUUUGGCUGUCUAUUCUUACCAAGUUUGGCACCUCACAAUGCACCUACCAACAAUGUGGUUACAACUGGUCUUAUUGAUGGCACAGUUGUCAGUGGAAUUGGAACAGGAGAAAGGCUUUUCCCACCACCAUCUGGUUUGAGCUAUUCAAGUUGGUUUUGCGUAGAACAUUUUAGUGCAGCUCCAAAUCAUCAUCCAGUUAGGCUACUUACCAUUGUGAGAAGAGCAAACAGCUCCGAGCAGCAUUAUAUAUGCCUUGCUAUUGUUCUCUCUGUGAAAGAUCGGUCACUGAUUGUUUCAACUAAAGAAGAGCUUCUUCAGAACUAUGUUGAUGACUUCAAUGAAGAAUCCUCCUGCUACGAGAUUCUCCCUUGUUGUGCUCGUUUUCGUUGUGGUGACCACAUAGUGGAAGGCCAGUGGCAUCAUAUGGUUCUGGUGAUGAGCAAAGGCAUGCUGAAAAAUAGCACUGCUGCACUCUACAUUGAUGGGCAGCUGAUUAAUACUGUAAAGCUUCACUAUAUUCACAGUAGCCCUGGUGGUUCAAGUUGUGCUAAUCCACCUGUAGUUAGCACAGUUUAUACCUAUAUAGGCACUCCGCCUGCCCAGCGCCAGCUCUCUUCACUCGUUUGGCGUUUGGGACCAACUCAUUUCUUGGAAGAAGUCUUGCCUCCAUCAAGCAUUAGCAUGAUUUUUGAACUGGGACCAAACUAUGUUGGAAGCUUUCAAGCAGUAUAUAUGCCAUGUAAGGAUUCAAAACCAGAAGGAAUCAGUCCAUCUCCAGUAUCAUUGGUACCAGAGGAAAAAGUUUCUUUUGGCCUCUACGCUCUCUCUGUUUCGUCACUGACAGUGGCAAGAAUUAGAAAAGUUUAUAACAAAUUGGACAGUAAGGCCAUAGCCAAACAGUUGGCUGUUUCAUCUCAUGAGAACGCCACUCCAGUGAAGCUGCUCCACAAUUCAGGAGGACAUCUGAAUGGACCUGCACGUACCAUUGGUGCAGCUCUGAUAGGAUACUUGGGAGUAAGAACAUUUGUCCCUAAGCCUGUUGCCACUACAUUACAAUACAUUGGUGGAGCAGCUGCUAUUCUGGGUCUGGUAGCCAUGGCAUCAGAUGUAGAGGGACUUUAUGCUGCUGUGAAGGCCCUUGUGUGCGUGGUAAAGAGCAACCCUCUGGCUAGCAAAGAAAUGGAAAGAAUCAAAGGUUACCAGUUACUGGCAAUGCUGUUAAAGAAGAAACGCUCUCUUCUAAACAGCCACAUUCUUCAUCUGACCUUUUCCUUGGUGGGGACUGUUGACAGUGGACAUGAAACAUCAAUUAUUCCAAAUUCAACUGCCUUCCAGGACCUGCUUUGUGACUUCGAGGUCUGGCUCCAUGCUCCCUAUGAACUUCAUCUUUCAUUAUUUGAACAUUUCAUUGAACUUCUUACUGAAUCCAGUGAAGCAGCGAAGAAUGCAAAGUUGAUGAGGGAGUUCCAGCUAAUUCCAAAACUCUUGCUGACUCUCCGAGAUAUGUCAUUGUCUCAGCCAACAAUUGCUGCUAUCAGCAAUGUACUGAGCUAUUUGCUUCAGGGAUUCCCUAGCAGCAAUGACCUACUCAGGUUUGGACAGUUCAUCUCUUCUACUUUACCUACAUUUGCCGUCUGUGAGAAAUUUGUAGUCAUGGAGAUGAACAAUGAAGAAAAGCUUGACAUUGGAACAGAGGAGGAUUUUGGAGGGCUUGUUUCUGCAAAUCUUAUUCUUCUGAGGAACAGAUUGCUAGACAUCCUACUUAAGCUUGUUUACACAUCGAAAGAAAAAACAAGUGUCAACUUGCAGGCUUGUGAAGAACUGGUCCGGACCCUGGGGUUUGACUGGAUCAUGCUGUUUAUGGAAGAGCACCUGCAUCCUACCACAGUGACAGCAGCCAUGAGGAUUCUGGUGGUCUUGCUGAGCAACCCAACGAUUCUCAUUAAGUUCAAGGAAGGCCUCACUGGCGGGGGCUGGCUCGAGCAGACAGAUUCCGUAUUGACUAAUAAGAUUGGAACCGUGCUUGGUUUUAAUGUUGGCAGGAGUGCUGGCGGCAGAUCCACUGUCAGGGAAAUUAACCGGGAGGCUUGUCAUUUCCCAGGCUUUCCGGUUCUUCAGUCUUUCCUUCCUAAGCACACGAAUGUGCCUGCACUCUACUUCCUUCUCAUGGCACUUUUCCUGCAGCAGCCAGUCACUGAACUGCCUGAAAACCUGCAGGUCAGUGCACCUGUCAUCACCAGCCGAUGUAAUCAGGGUGGCCAGUUUGAUUUAGACUCAAUUUGGACAUUUAUAUUUGGUGUUCCUGCAUCAAGUGGCACUGUGGUUGCUUCAAUUCACAAUGUUUGCACAGAAGCUGCAUUUUUAUUGCUGGGAAUGCUUAGGAGCAUGUUGAAUUCACCUUGGCAGUCAGAGGAAGAGGGUUCUUGGCUUCGUGAAUACCCAGUCACCUUGAUGCAAUUCUUUCGCUACUUGUAUCACAAUGUACCUGAUCUGGCUUCAAUGUGGAUGAGCCCAGAGUUUCUUUGUGCACUGGCAGCCACUGUGUUCCCUUUCAACAUCCGGCCAUAUUCUGAAAUGGUCACUGAUUUGGAUGAUGACGUUGGAUCCCCAGCAGAGGAAUUCAAAGCAUUUGCCUCUGACACAGGAAUGAACCGGAGCCAGUCAGAAUACUGCAAUGUGGGAUCCAAGACUUACUUGACCAACCAUCCUGCUAAGAAAUUUGUGUUUGACUUCAUGCGUGUGCUUAUAAUUGAUAACCUCUGCCUUACACCUGCUAGCAAGCAAACUCCUUUAAUAGAUCUUCUCCUGGAGGCCUCUCCAGAGAGAUCAACAAGGGCACAACAAAAAGAAUUUCAGACUUAUAUUUUGGACAGUGUGAUGGAUCACUUACUUGCAGCUGAUGUUUUACUGGGUGAGGAUGCAUCUCUGCCUAUUACAAGUGGAGGAAGCUACCAAGUGCUUGUAAACAACGUAUUCUAUUUCACUCAGCGUGUGGUGGAUAAACUUUGGCAAGGCAUGUUCAAUAAGGAAUCCAAGCUGCUUAUAGAUUUCAUAAUCCAGUUAAUUGCACAGUCAAAAAGAAGAUCUCAGGGAUUAUCACUGGAUGCCGUUUAUCACUGCCUAAACAGGACCAUCUUAUACCAAUUCUCAAGACCACACAAAACAGUUCCCCAGCAAGUUGCCCUCCUUGAUUCUCUGAGGAUGCUUACUGUCAACCGGAAUCUGAUCCUAGGACCUGGGAAUCACGACCAAGAGUUCAUCAGCUGUCUGGCUCAUUGCUUGAUUAACCUGCAUGCAGGGAGCAGUGUUGAUGGGUUUGGCCUGGAAGCAGAAGCCAGAAUGACUACUUGGCACAUCAUGAUCCCUUCUGACAUUGAGCCAGAUGGAGUCUACAAUCAAGACGUUAGUGAAGGUCGCCAGCUUCUUCUAAAAGCUGUAAAUCGUGUAUGGACGGAACUGAUCUACAGUAAGAAACAGGUUUUAGAGGAAGUAUUCAAAGUAUCCCUUCCUGUCAAUGACAGAGGCCAUGUGGAUAUUGCAAUUGCAAAGCCCCUUGUUGAAGAAGCCAGUUUGAAAUGUUGGCAGAAUCACUUGGCUCAUGAAAAGAAAUCUAUCAGUAGAGGAGAAGCAUUGGUUCCAACGACCCAGUCUAAGCUUUCACGGGUCAGCAGUGGCUUUGGUCUUUCCAAACUCACCGGAUCAAGAAGAAACCGCAAAGAAAGUGGUCUAAACAAACAUAAUCCAUCCACGCAGGAGAUCUCUCAGUGGAUGUUUACUCAUAUAGCAGUGGUUCGAGACUUGGUAGACAUGCAGUACAAAGAAUACCAAGAGCGUCAGCAAAAUGCAUUGACGUAUGUGACAGAAGAGUGGUCUCAAAUUGAAUAUGAGUUGUUACGGGAGAGAGGACUGUGGGGCCCUCCCAUUGGCUCUCAUCUGGACAAAUGGAUGCUGGAAAUGACAGAAGGGCCCUGUCGAAUGAGGAAGAAGAUGGUGCGAAAUGACAUGUUUUACAUUCAGUAUCCUUACAUGCCAGAUACUGAACAUGAGACAAAUAUGUUGUCUGACUUCUCAAGUAAGCCUCCUGAGACAUCUGACGAUACCAUUCCUCAAAAGAAACCUGCACGCUACCGAAGAGCUAUAAGCUAUGACAGCAAAGAAUACUACAUGCGCCUGGCUUCUGGAAACCCUACAGUCUUUCAAGAUACCAUUGAAGACAGCUCUGAAGGAGAAACUGCUCAGCAGGAGCCCGAACAUGGUGAAGAUACUAUUGCAAGAGUUAAAGGUCUUGUUAAACCUCCACUGAAGAGGUCCCGUUCUGCACCUGAUGGUGGUGAUGAGGAGAAUCAGGAGCAGCUCCAGGAUCAAAUAGUAGAGGGUAGCUCUAUAGAUGAAGAGGAAAAAACUGACAACGCUACUUUGCUUCGACUGCUUGAAGAAGGAGAGAAGAUUCAACACAUGUACCGCUGUGCUCGGGUUCAAGGCCUAGACACGAGUGAGGGACUCCUUCUGUUUGGCAAAGAACACUUUUAUGUGAUUGAUGGAUUUACCAUGACUGCCACCAGAGAAAUACGGGAUAUUGAGACCUUGCCUCCAAACAUGCAUGAGCCAAUUAUACCCAGGGGAGCUCGGCAGGGUCCAAGUCAGCUCAAAAGGACAUGCAGUAUUUUUGCAUAUGAGGAUAUCAAGGAAGUGCAUAAAAGAAGAUACCUGUUGCAGCCAAUUGCUGUUGAAGUAUUCUCAGGAGAUGGACGCAACUACCUUCUAGCUUUUCAGAAAGGAGUGAAAAAUAAAGUCUACCAAAGGUUUUUGGCUGUAGUUCCAUCUUUAACUGACAGCUCGGAGUCUGUGUCUGGACAGCGGCCCAACACCAGCGUAGAACAAGGGUCCGGCUUGCUGAGCACUCUAGUGGGAGAGAAAUCUGUGACACAAAGAUGGGAGAGAGGGGAAAUCAGUAAUUUCCAGUACCUGAUGCACUUAAACACAUUGGCUGGCCGAUCCUAUAAUGACCUCAUGCAAUAUCCUGUUUUCCCAUGGAUCCUUGCAGACUACGAUUCAGAGGAAUUGGAUCUUACCAACCCAAAGACAUUUAGAAACUUGGCCAAACCAAUGGGGGCCCAGACUGACGAGAGGUUAGCUCAAUAUAAGAAGCGCUAUAAAGACUGGGAAGAUCCUAAUGGUGAAACUCCUGCUUAUCAUUAUGGCACCCACUAUUCAUCUGCAAUGAUAGUAGCUUCAUAUCUUGUGCGAAUGGAGCCCUUCACACAGAUAUUUUUAAGGCUACAGGGCGGCCACUUUGACUUGGCUGACCGAAUGUUCCACAGCGUGCGCGAAGCCUGGUACUCUGCAUCCAAGCACAACAUGGCAGAUGUCAAGGAGCUCAUCCCAGAAUUCUUCUACCUCCCAGAGCUGUUACUCAACUCCAACAACUUUGAUCUAGGUUGCAAGCAGAACGGCACUAAACUUGGAGAUGUUAUACUUCCCCCAUGGGCUAAAGGAGAUCCUCGGGAAUUCAUCAGAGUUCAUCGAGAGGCUUUGGAAUGUGAUUUUGUGAGUGCGCACCUACAUGAAUGGAUUGACUUAAUCUUUGGGCAUAAACAGCAAGGGCCCACUGCAGUAGAAGCUGUAAAUGUCUUCCAUCAUCUCUUCUAUGAGGGACAAGUGGAUAUAUACAACAUAAACGAUCCAUUAAAAGAAACCGCUACCAUAGGAUUCAUUAAUAACUUUGGGCAGAUACCUAAACAGUUGUUUAAGAGACCACACCCACCAAAGCGAGUGAGAAGCCGAAUUAAUGGAGAAAUAAGUGGAAUUUCUGUCCCCCCUGGCGCUGCGAGCGACAAGAUCUUUUUCCAUCAUUUAGACAACCUCAGGCCUUCCCUUGCACCUGUAAAGGAACUGAAGGAGCUUGUAGGUCAGAUAGUAUGCACCGACAAAGGAAUUUUGGCAGUGGAACUGAAUAAAGUGCUAAUUCCUCCAACCUGGAAUAAAACAUUUGCUUGGGGUUAUGCAGACCUCAGCUGCAGGCUGGGAGCCUAUGAAUCGGACAAGGCAGUGAUUGUUUAUGAAUGCCUCUCAGAAUGGGGGCAGGUUCUCUGUGCCAUCUGUCCGAAUCCCAAACUUGUCAUCACUGGAGGCACCAGCACAGUAGUCUGUGUAUGGGAGAUGGGUACGUCCAAGGAAAAAGCCAAAACACUCACCCUUAAGCAGGCACUACUUGGCCAUACUGAGACAGUCACCUGUUUAACAGCCUCGUUGGCUUACCAUAUCAUCGUGAGCGGGUCUCGUGACCGUACCUGCAUCAUCUGGGAUUUGAAUAAACUCUCCUUUUUAACACAGCUUCGAGGUCACAGGGCCCCAGUUUCAGCCCUCUGCAUUAAUGAACUGACGGGAGACAUUGUAUCCUGUGCUGGCACUUACAUCCACGUGUGGAGCAUUAAUGGGAACCCCAUCGUGAGUGUGAACACUUUCACUGGACGCAGCCAGCAGAUCCUCUGUUGCUGCAUGUCAGAAAUGAACGAGUGGGAUACUCAGAAUGUUAUUGUAACAGGGCAUUCGGAUGGAGUGGUCCGAUUCUGGCGGAUGGAGUUUCUGCAGGUCCCGGAAACUCCAGCUCCUGAACCUAUAGAGACGCUGGAGAUGCAGGAAGAAUGUCCAGAACCACAAAUAGGGCAGGAAGCUCCAGAUGAGGAUAGCAGUGACUCUGAAGCAGAAGACCAGGGCCUCAGCCAAGACACGAAGCUGCAGGAGAGCCGGAGCCAGCAUGGCAGCACCAGCCAUAGGCCUCGAUCCGCCUCAAGCCGAGCAACAGCUGCGUGGUCAGCGGACAGCAGCUCUGAUGACUCAAGGCGCUGGUCCGACCAGCUCAGCUUGGACGAGAAGGAUGGCUUCAUCUUUGUGAACUACUCCGAUGGGCAAACAAAGGGUUAUCCCCACGCUCAAGCUAACCACCCGCACCCGAAUCAAGGGGAACUCCGGCAUUACAGCAAGCUCAAGCCAGGAUACAGAUGGGAGCGGCAGCUAGUAUUCAGGAGCAAACUCACUAUGCACACUGCCUUUGAUCGCAAGGACAAUGCACAUCCUGCAGAGAUUACAGCAUUAGGCAUCUCCAAGGAUCACAGCAGGAUUCUUGUAGGUGACAGCAGAGGCAGAGUGUUUAGCUGGUCAGUGAGUGACCAACCUGGCCGCUCUGCAGCUGACCACUGGGUGAAAGAUGAGGGCGGAGACAGUUGCUCCAGCUGUUCCGUCCGGUUCUCUCUUACCGAAAGACGUCACCAUUGCAGGAACUGCGGGCAACUCUUCUGUCAGAAGUGCAGUCGUUUUCAGUCUGAAAUCAAGCGCUUGAAAAUCUCCUCCCCAGUGCGGGUUUGCCAGAACUGUUACUACAACCUGCAGCAUGAGCGAGGCCCUGACGAAGGAUCUUGGAAUUAACAAGGCAGAGAGAGACCAACCAUGCAAAUGCCAGGCGUUGCAUUGCAGGGCCCAUAAGAACUCAGCCAAUUAACUACAGGAACAUGCAGCACAUUCAGAAGGAAUUGCAAUGCUGGCUUUUAACACCUCAUCUUUGUACUGUGUGUUGAAGCGCUGCAAGCAAAAGGGAUCAUUAAUGAUUUUGCGUGUACAUUGCAGAGAUGGGGCUGAAAACAUUCCCGUGAUCAGCGAGUAUCAGGCGGGAGAUGAGUGGUUACAACUGCAGUAAGGGCCCUCGAGACGCAGCCUUCUCAGCUAAAACGGCUAAGAGGAAAAUCCGUCAUUACCCAUCUCUUGUUCAGUCUUGCUUUUGUAGAGCUAGUCACCUUAUUUGUGUUUCAGGAAAAGCAGGAGGCUUUUUAGAAGAUAGUUGUAAAUCUGCCUUCUUCGCAAGCAAACUGUGGAUAUUGUAAAUAGAUAUAAUGGCCUUUUUAUCAAAAUAUGAACUGAACUGCCUGUUACAUGGGACUUCACAGACCAACCACUAUACUUUGCGUGUCAUCUUUAGCUCAUCUAGCUACUUAAAUAUGAAUGUUUUUUUAAAAAGCAUCAAGAGGCAUUAUCUGUAUUAUUUUUUUCUUUACAAUCCAGGAUACAUGUUUGUUCUUUCAGUUACUCACAUUAUUUUAACUUUAAACCAAGCUAUUUAGAGUGUUUUGAAAAGGGAAAACAAGAAACCACAAUCCAGUUCUUUGGCGCAAUAGGAUUUUGGAAUAUUUUAUUCUAAACUGUAAGAUAACAAGGACCCUCUUUCUGUUGCAUUUUUUAAUACGGAACAUAUUUAAUAAGGUCUCUUUUUAUACAACGUGGACCUGCUGCUUUGCUCAUUCUUUACCGUUGUAAUAAUCAGCUGAUGCAGAUAUUACAAAAGCCAGGUCUUAUUUCAGACAAUAGUAAAUGGCUUGCAUGAAAGUCACAUUUAAUAUUUUUUUCCUGGAGAAGAAAAGGGGCCAUUGUUUUUCUUAGGUAUUGUCUGCAGAACAAACUUGGAAUCCUUGCUCUUUCAACUGGAUAAUGCGAAUACCAGCCCCAGUCUUGUGGGGGAGGGGGGGGGCUUUUCCUGCACAGGCUCCAUUGGAAUGAAUGAGAGUAAUGCAACAAUUGUUCACUUUUCAUUUACUCCAGUGAGGCUUGAUCAUUCUCCCUGGGGUUGUGCUCAAUGUCACUUCUGAGAAUGUUAAUGCAACUGCAUUAAAGAUCUCAUUCAUACAUUGGCAUUUAAGAUAUAUCGGGGAAUACACAGAUCCAACCGAACCCAUGAACAUAACCAUUCUCUUUGGAAUGAGGCUUUGAAAAGUGGAUAAUUUUACAAACACACACCCCGCCCCCGCCGCCCCCACCACCCUCACAAUGCAAUAAUUUUUUAAAAAAAGGUUAAUGAAUUGACCAUGAGGGCUAGGCAUGUUCACAGACAGUUCCUCAGCUUUUUAACAGUGGAAAAGGCAACAGAUCACAAGUCAAAAACAGACACACACCCAGCACAUAAAGUGGCACACAAAGCUCAAGUUUGUAGCACUCCAAUUAGGAAGGGGGUGGAGGUGGGGGUAAAAAGCAUUUAGAGCGAUCUGAGCAGCUUGCAUAGGGCAAAUGGGAAGCCUUAUGCCUGGCAGCAGCUGAUUUUAUGCUUCCUUUUAACUAGAGCUCACUAAUAAUUGUUCACUUAAGCUGCAUCCCUGGUGAGAUAAAUUUGUGCACUGAUUAGAAUGUUUUUUGAUGAUGAGCUUUUUAAAGCAGUUACGAUGGACUGCAAGGAUUAGAUCAGUUUGUGGAUUUGGUAUGUGUACUUCAGGUCCACAAGGAAGUCACUCCUCAUGAGUACACACAGGUUUGUUGAGAUUGCUUUGUCCACGGGAUGGUUUUAAAUACAAGACGCGUCAGUCCAGCAGCUAUGACUUGCCCAAAUAUGCUGGCCGAGAAAUAUGGUAUCCUUAUUAACUUCCUUUCCUAGCCUAACAGCAGGAUCUUCAAGCCAUUUAGGUUGGAGCACUUGCUGGAGUCAAUCGGACUUAAGUAGUCUUAACUGCAGAUAUACUUGAGUGGUUUGUUGAACUCAAGACUACUAACACUAGUUUUCGAAUUGCAAAUGUACUGUUUUGUAAAAACAAAAAAAUUAAAUUCUCCAAAAGCACCUUCACUCCACUGAAUUUUCAUUUCUCCUAGUAAGAGAAGAUUCAACGUAAUUUAACUUGAAAUCAGUUGCUUUAGCUUUAUUUUAUUCCCCCCCCCCCAAAUCACAACAAAUUGCUCCAAAUAAAAUUCUAAGCACUGGAUGGCACUAACUCCACAGAUAAAACUAAUGCUGGGUCAUUAGAAAACAGCAGGAUGUGUUAAGAUGUUUACUGUUACUUUAAUUUUUUUUUUUUUUUUUGAGUGUGUGUUUAACUACAUUAGACAUGUUGUACCAGUGUUAUUCUACACUUUUUACAUUUGGCACUCUUCUCAGAGGAAGGUAACUUUUCUCCUGUGUGGCUGACUGUGUUAAACAUGUGUGUAAGUGUAUUUAAAGUUCAGUGGUGCUGAACGCCUCAGCUGCUUGAUUGGGAAUGAAUUUUUCCAGAACUCAUUUGUGUAUCUGGGGGGGUGGAAGCAGGGAGUAUAUCCUUUUGAUGAGUGGGGGGAGGGAAUGGAGGUCCAGCUGCACCAAGAAUAGGUGCAGCACAGUCUCCUUUCAUUCCAAUACCACCUCCCUUGAAGGUCCCCGCAAGCUCCAGUGGAAUGAAUGAGCAGCACAAAUUCUUGUCGCAGGAAAGCCUUGUGAGUUGGCUGGCAGCUGCUGCUAUAACCCAAACCACUUUUACCAAUAUUCACUUAGGCUUUCAUCCGAAUAUUCUGGACAGAACAGUUCAAUGGCUAUUUUCCCAAAUAUCAAUUGGUGGUUUUGCAUCUGAAUCUUUCGUUGAACUGAAGCAGCACAUUAACUAGCCCAUUGCAUUGUCAAGUAGCAUCCAUCUCUCCGCCUGCCUUGUUCUUUGAUGUAAUUCUUCCUGAAUGCAUCCAUAUUCUCUACCUUUGUUUGUAAUGUGUAACUGUAGUGUUCAUGCUUCGGAUGGUGAGAGUGGCCUGCCUCUACCCUUCAUCCCAUCAGUCCAAUAGCAAAAAAAAAAAAAAACACUUUAGAGACAUUAUUUUGCACUUAUGUAUAAAAUCAGUAAAAACUUUUAUUUUCUUUGUAUCAUUUAAAAGACUUUGUUUUUGUUAAAUGAGCGGUGUAUAAAAAAAUAUUUAUGCAGUUAAAACUCUUUUUAGAAAAUAUUUUUAAUUUCAGCAAGUUUGGUUACUUGUUGCAUGACUUAACACAACUGACUUUUUGUGUCAGUACAAUGUAUAUUUUUUUGUCCUGUUAUUAAUUUGUAAACCCUAGGGUAAAUGGCCAUUUAUUUGUACAGCAACAGGAGUAAAUUGAAAAUAACUGGCUACAACUGGAGGGGUGGAAUUUUGUACUAUAUUGCGGAAUCUAAUAUCUGUUUUUUGGUGGUUAUGUAAAAGGCCUGAAGAAUUACUAUCUAGUGUGCAAUCUGUGAUAUCUGAAUGUUUUAUUGUAUAUUUGUCUCCAAUGCAAAAAGGUAGAGUAACACAAUUACAAUACAUGAUUAAAUGCAAUAGUUCAGGUACCUUUUUUGUUUUGUUUUCAUUUCAAAUAAAUACUUCCUAUUUACCACCAAA